AUGUCCUACCCUGUCUAUUAUCAGCAAGAUUACGCCUCCAGGCCGUUCCAACAAAUGGGUCCCUCCGUCGUUGACAACUCCCAAUUCCAACAAAGCCCAGGCUACUAUAAUCAACAGGUGCCCCAGCAAGUACCCCAGCAGAUGCCCCAGAGAAUGUCUCAGUUGGUGGACUACUACCAGAUUCAAAAUAACCAAAACAAUCAACAACAACAACAACAAAACAGACAGCUGCUGCGGCCCAUGGCGUUGCCUCAGAUUCACACUAGCAAUACCCCCCAGCCUUCACAACAACUAGACACUCCUUCGUCCAAUGACCCCAAGCUUUCGCCCCAGCAUUUCUGUUGCAAGUGCCCUCGGUGCCUCAAAUGA